AUGGAUGCAGGAAUGGCUCAGCGACAAAGUGGUGAGAGAUUCACGGCAAAGAGGGACGGGUUAGCCGGGGUUAGCGCCGAGGAAGACAAGAAGCCGGAGCCAACGCCGCAGCGAAAGGCGGCUAAGAAGAAUCCAGAUGAGAACAACAAUGUGACCAAGGCCAGCACCAAGGAGGACAUCAUGGCAAAGACUAUGUUCGAUAUGAUUUACACAGUCACGCUGCAGAAUUCAGGGGUGUCUUACCGGGUCUUGUACGCCACAGAAAGACAAGCGCAGAUUAUUGGAAACAAUCCGGACACUCUUCAGAAGUUGGCUGAGCAGUUUCGCACUGCGGAGCCAAAGGUGGUGAUAAACUUGCUUACUUCUCUGGGCACCGCACACCUUAGAAAGCUUGAAGCUGACGUGGACGUGGAGCACCGCCUGGACAUGUUUAUGCGGCACGUCUUAUUGCCAAUUGCGGAGCAGACAAACGCUCUCGUCCUAUGUGAUGCGGUGAAGGACCGAUGUAUACUUGCAGAUUCCUUCGUUCGGAUGUGUCGGGUCAGACAAGGUGCUUGGAAGAAGAAGAUGCCCUUCACGCUGCUGGGUUUCACAACGAUGAAGGAGCUUGAUAAAGGGCCUGGGAAGCACCUCUGGAGCGAUCUGAUGGAAAGAUGUGGUGACCACUGUGAUGAUGGACCUUGGAAGAAAGCAUGGAAGGAGUCCCUACGGAAUGGCGAUGACUAUAACCACGGUCAUGUCCAUGGGUUUGACCAAGAGCAAGAGCAAGACCACGACCAUGACCAUGGCACUGACAGUGUUGACAUCGACACCUGGAGAGGUGGAGAUAUCCAACCACUUGUAUCCAACGUGAUCAUUGCGGGAGGCCUCGGAGGUAGCAGGAGUCUCGCUGCAGCUGCGGCUCUGAAGACGGCCUUGGUCUCACACUUGGGUGCGAGCGUUCCAUCCAUAGCCUUCAAGACGGGCAUGUCCGAGCUGUCGCAUCUGCAGCAGACCACUCAGUCUGGUUUGGAGACCGCAGUGAAUGCCAUCCAGCAGCAGACGUCGGUCAUCUUCUUGGAUUUGUUUCCUAGAGACAAACUGCGUCCUCACAGCAUAUUUCAGGCUGCAGGGAUCGAGAACAGGAAGAGACCACAACAGGAGCUGCCAAUUCGGCCCCAUGUCGUGUUGGCAGAAGCGGGGCAGGACCGUGACGAAAAGUUUUUGGAGGCAGCUGAAUGCAUUAUGCGCAAGGGCAUCGAUCCCCACGACAAGCACAACUUCUUCGAAGGCUGUGCAAUUGCAAAGCUUCAUUGGAGGUACAGGACAGUCUUUGGAGAAGCCAGUAACAAAAAGCAGCGCCAGAGCAAGUUUGCACUCUGGCAGGCAAUUCGCUUGGAGGAGCGCAACCGUGAAACGCGAGAUAUAGAUGGAGUUCGUCAAGCUCGUUCCGUUUUGUACAGAGUAUUUCAGAAGCAAGCAGAAGCUUCUUUCCGGCAGCGGCGCUCUAUGCUUUCCAUGGGAGCUGGCGGUGAUAUUGGCCCGGGUCAGACGCACGGCUCAGCACAUGCAGACGGUGCGGGGCGUUGCAGAUGGUGCGGGGCGGUCAAUGACAAAGAGGACGACGAAGCUCAGGGCAAGGCAGAAUCGGAUGCAGUCCCACGCGGCGACGAAUCGAAGAUGUAUGCUUUCGUCGCUCGAUCUACGGAAUUGGUGAGUUCGGACUUGUUUGCAUCGAUCAAUAUUUGGCAAUCUCAGAGCGCGCUGGAGAGGAAAAUCUACCGCAUCUUGACGAGGAGCAGACUUCCGCCUCAACACAAUCUUGAGGCUCUUCGGCUGUUGCGUGAUGCCUGGACCGAGUAUGAUGUGGCUAAACACUUGGCGACGUACUAUGGCCGUUUGAGCCGGCUGUGGUAUUUCUUCCAGAUUGGGUGUGGGCUGGUUACUAUCGUUUUCAACGUUAUUGCCGAAACUCAGCAUUUGGAGGAAUUCUACACUUCGUUGGUAAACUUUAACCUAUCAUUGUUCUGCACAACCCUCAUCUCCCUCCAUGCCUUUGCCAAUCCCACAACCCGUUGGCACAAAUUGCGGUGUGCUGCAGCGGAACUGGAGAGUUUGACAUGGCUUUUUCGGACGAAGUGCAGGCAGUUCGAGCUGGGUGAUAUAGACUUUGAAUCCAACUCAGUCACCUUGUUUCGGGAGCAGCUUAACGAAUGGCGUAGAACAGUCGUUCGAGGCACGGAUUUGCAUCGGUCCGAUUUCCAAAAGAAAUGGCCACAUAGGAAGUUGACAAGGGGUCAACACGAGAAGAGCCGCAUAAAGAGCGACAAGGACUGCUCCGUUCAGAAGCCAGCAGACGAUGAGGACAUGGUUGAGGGCGAUGACGGCGUAUGCAGAAGCACGAAGGUUGCAGAUGCCGGGGACCUCUGCAACCAGUCUUCGCUGUCUUCGCCAACCGCUGGAAAGAAAAGUCGUUGUUCCGGUGGUUUUAUGCAGCUUUUCUGCUGCGGCCGCACGCAUCCUACACCGCAGGAGGUGGACGAAGAACCCGGGGAAGAAUGGGACAACAAAGACGAUCCUGAACAGGGUGACAAGAGCCAAGCAACUGAUGCCGAGGCACCGUCGACAAAGACUGCGGCAUCGAAAGCUUCGUUAUAUGCUUGGCAGGAUGACCAUCACAGCCCGGCCAAUGCGGAGGAAUAUAUCCGAUGGCGUUUGCAGACAAUGAGGCGAUUUUAUGAGAAACGUCUUCCAAGAUAUGCGAAGUAUCAUCGGUUUAUCUUCGCCCUGACGCUGCUUGGAUCGAUGGGCUGCUCCAUCUUUGCCUACAUCGAGUUUAACUCUUGGGUCGUGGUCUGGGCUUCACUAAGCACUGCGGCAUCUUCCUGGAUGGAGUUCUCCAAUGUCUUGCAAAACAUUCAACGCUACUCCGACACCAUACAGGAGUUGAAGAAGCUGGAGGCUUGGUGGGAGAGCCUUCCGCCCAUGGAGAAGGCUUCCAAAGAGAAUCUAAACCUUUUAGUCU